AGUUCAUUACUCAAAAAUCCCAACUAAAAUAUCCUUCACAUGAACUUAUUUUUUGAAAUUGUUCCCUCGAACAAAAAACCCUAAACUAAACUGAAAGCCCUAGAUUUUUUAGAAAUCCAUUCGAAGUAAAAAGAUAUCCGAACGAAAUAAUUUUUGGAAGAAGAGAAAUUGAAUACUCAAUCAUGUCAUUGUAUAUGCUUUCCAGAAGAAUACAAAUCUUACCUAAAUUAUUCAAGCACAGUUUACAUCAUCAUCCUAAUUCUCAAUUCCAGAAGAUUUAUGAUGCAAUAGCAGCAAAUAGUUAUGAAAUCCGCAGAAGUUAUCGAUGUAGUACAUGGCCAAUCACGAGGAAUUAUCAAUUAUUUUCUGGUAAUUUCUCCAAUGUUCAAAGAUGUCGAAAUGCCGCGUUUGAGGCAAGGCGUAAUUAUGCUUCGAAUGCUAUGGUUCAAGAGAAGAAAUCGCGGAAAAUGUUGAUGUAUUUGACUGCAUUAGUGUUUGGAAUGGUUGGAAUGUCGUAUGCUGCUGUUCCUUUGUAUCGGAGAUUUUGCCAAGCUACUGGUUAUGGUGGUACUGUUCAGCGUCGUGAGACUGUGGAAGAAAAGAUUGCUCGGCAUUCUAAAGAUGGUACUGUCACUAAAAGAGAGAUUGUAGUCCAAUUUAAUGCUGAUGUUGCCGAUGGGAUGCCAUGGAAAUUCAUUCCAACCCAAAGAGAGGUGAGGGUCAAACCAGGAGAAAGUGCUUUGGCUUUUUACACAGCUGAAAAUACAAGUUCAACUCCUAUUGUCGGUGUAUCUACGUAUAAUGUUACGCCCAUGAAGGCUGCUGUGUACUUCAAUAAAAUACAAUGCUUUUGUUUCGAAGAGCAGCGACUUCUUCCCGGAGAGCAGGUCGACAUGCCUGUCUUCUUCUAUAUCGACCCUGAGUUUGAGACCGAUCCAAGAAUGGAUGGUAUCAACAAUAUGAUCUUAUCGUAUACAUUUUUCAAGGUUAAAGAUGAAUAAACUAUGAAGACGAUCUUGGAAGAAUUUUAUUACCGACUCCGCCAUUUUCAAGGUUACUCUUCUUCAUUUCCUAAUAUUUGAUUCCAUACUCCGUACUCCAUUUGUCAUCCCGAGUUUUCAAUAGAGCUGAUCAGCCCAUAGAGCACACUCACCUGAAUUCUGAGUGAAAUUUUACCUAUGACUUUCACUCCUCCAUAUACGACUCAAUUAACUCAAUUCUUCUAGUAAUUCUAGUUCAUAUUUAAAAAGUCCAAUGUAGUUAAUCAAAUAAGCUUUGUCCAAUAUGUAUGUAUCAUGUUUUAGUAUUUGCUAUUUAUGAACUCGCCUUUUUUUUUAUAUACUUGACUAAUUUUAAAAUUUAUUUAAGUGGAUAAAAUUUUAUUGACAUUAUAUUUUUAUAAUUUU